GUGUGGACUGAGCUGGAAGACGGUUGUUUUGUAGUGUCUCAGAUGAAUAUUUGUUCAGAUGAAGUAACGAUGGGUUCAGUCCAGAAUCUGAGAGAGUUGAUCAACGAGCGACUAACUGCUGCUGCUGAAGAAAUAUUCAGAGAGUUUGAGAAAACCAUCGUCCAGUACGAGGAGGAGAUCGAUCGUCAGCGCAGACUGCUGGAUAACAUCUGGAAACCACAGAUAACACAACACACAGCAGUCCUCCCACAGGUAGAGAUCUGUAACGAAGAGGAUAACAACUGGAAAUUACAAAUAACGUUGCACACAACAGAACUCCCGCUGCAACAGAUCUGUAAGGAGGAGGAGGUUCCUGCUGAGCAGAAUGUCUGUAACCAGGAGAGGAACUCCAGUGUGGACCAGGAGGAUCCAGAGCCUCCACAGAUGAAAGAGGAACACAUGGAAAUCUGCACCAAUCUGGACCAGGAGAACCCAGAGCCUCCACAGCUCAAAGAGGAACAAGAGGAACUCGGCAACAGUGUGGACCAGGAGAACCCAGAGCCUCCACAGAUGAAAGAGGAACAUGAGGAACUCUGCACCAGUCUGGACCAGGAGAACCCAGAGCCUCCACAGAUGAAAGAGGAACAUGAGGAACUCUGCACCAGUCUGGACCAGGAGAACCCAGAGCCUCCACAGAUGAAAGAGGAACAUGAGGAACUCUGCAACAGUCUGGACCAGGAGAACCCAGAGCCUCCACAGAUGAAAGAGGAACAUGAGGAACUCUGCAACAGUCUGGACCAGGAGAACCCAGAGCCUCUACAGCUCAAAGAGGAACAAGAGGAACUCUGCAACAGUCUGGACAGACAGCAGUCUGGACAGACGGCAGCAGCAGAUACGAGUCAGAAAGCAGAUAGCUUUAUGCUAGUUCAGUACAAGUCUAAAUGUGAAGAAUUGGCAAGAGAAAAAUUCAGUAUCUCUGAAGACACAAUUGGCCCUUAUGAAGAAGCGACUGAUUGUCACCGCAGACCAUUUAAUAUCACCAAGAAUCUCCAAAUAAAGUUACACAGAAUAGACCUUCAACAGCAACAUAUUUAUGAGGAGCAGGAGGUUUUCACUGAUCACCUACUCCGUAACCAAGAGAGGAACUUCUGCUUGGAUCAGAAGGAUCUAGAGUCUCGACAGAUUAAAGAAGCACAGGAGAAACGCUACCUCAGCCGAGACCAGGACAUUCCAAAACUUCCACAGAUUAAAGAGCAACAAAAGGAACUCUACUGCAGUCAGGAGAGAGAGCAGCUUGAUGCCUUUAAGGGGAUUUCUGAAGAAAGUGAUCACAGUGAACCAGAACCUCCAAAAUGUGUUGCCAAGCCCAUUCCCAACCGCCACUACCUCCUGUGCCCGGUCUGCAACAAGAGCCAGGACUGCCUCUCUGUGCAUCUGGAACGGACCUGCAUGAAGCAGACCAGCAAAGACGAAAGGGCUAAAGUUGUGGAAAAGGCCAAAGAAGAGGCUAGUGUGCUGCUGAGGUCUGGGCGCGUUUAUACCUACCAGCUCCUCCAGGACAUUUUGGGAGCCAAAGACCCCCUCAAGAGGCUGAUUGAGGAGCUGCAAAGGAGGAACAGCGUGGUCACCAAUGUGCCAUCCGCAGUUCCAUCCACCGCCGCCCAGCUCCCUGAUGUACAGGCCGGGCCUUCCACUGCCACGGGCCGGCCUGACUCCCCUGAGGAGUCGAGUGAUGAUACAAGCGAGAGCAGUGGGGAGACUUUUCAGUGCAAUCGCAACCCGGAGUGGAAGAUUAACAAGAGGGCGCGGAUGGCUGAUCUGGGGCUCUACCAGAAGCAUUCCCUCGACCAUCCUCUUUUAAAAGGAUUUGCAACACACCUGCGAAAGGACCUCAGCAUUGAAAAUUUCAAGCAGGAGGUUGACAACGUGGCACGCUUCCUCUUCUUCAUGGAUCCUGCUGAACCCUCCCUCAUGUUUGUGCGGGAACGGGAGAAGACACAGGAAUACCUGCGGAAGCUUUCCGACGCCAAACUUGGCAAUCGAACCCAGCUCAACUAUUUGAAGAGCUUGAAGAGAUUCCUGAACCACCGGAUCACAAAUACAGACAUGUUUAGGACCGACACAGGUCUCCACAACGAGGCCAAGCAAUACACGGACUUCAUCGGUUCUUUGCAGAAACAACUGGCGAAGGGCAUCAGCAAGGAAAUCGUUGCAAAGCGUGACAGAAUCAUUCUUGGGGACAUGACAACCACCCCACAUGACUGCACAGCGGUGCUGAGGGCGGCCAAAAAAGACUUUUUGGCCAUUCUCGGCAAGAUCGACGAUACCACACAAUCCUAUGACUGCCAGCUGGAGACCUCCGAGUGCCUCAUUGUAUUGUACUACCUCGAAGCGAUUGUGGUACUCAAGCACCUGCAGAAGCCCGGGGUGGUGGAGCACAUGACAAUUGAGGAGUGGAAAAACCGAAGCAAGCUGGAUAAGGGUUUUGUUGCCAUCUCUGUAAAAGAACACAAGACUGCCACACAGCAGGUGGCAGUCUUUGUUCUCUCCACAGAAGAGGAGGCUUGGUUCGACAAGUACUUUGAGUGUGUGAGGGACCAGCUGAAGACAACAAAGAGGUUCCGGGCGAGCCCAGAGGCUGAGAACGUAGAAGAAGACCCCCAGGAGCGGUUUUUCCUGUCGACAUCUGGCAAACCAAUUCACAACUGCUCCAAUGAUUUGGCCAGGCUGCACACAAAAUACAACCUCACACCGGUGACGAGCCAAGUGGCGAGACGGAUCUUUGAAACUGCCGCCAAGUGCAUGCCUGAUGUGGACAAAGCCAUGAUUGCCGACUACCUCACCCACAGCACAGCCACGGCGGAGAAACAUUACCACAUGAAACAAGGUGGCUACCUGAUAAGGUCCCUUGAGCUCCUCGACGAGUUGAGAAGGCAUGAUGACAGUGAAGAAGGUCCAUCCAGCCGGGCCCAUCCAAAGUCCCGGAACCCAAGGAUGGACUUUGAGAAAGAAUGGAACAACUUCAGCAGAGAGCAUCCAGUCACAGUGGAUGGGAAGGUGCCCUCCCUCGUACACCGGGCCGCUGUGUCACAAGACAGCCAGAGGAAACUGUAUGAGCGCUGGCUGAAAAAACAGAUGAAGCUUCGGAUACAGCAUGCUGCCGCUCAAUUCCCCCGUCGGCUCCCCACAGAAAGCCGAGUGGCCGGAUGGAUCAGCAAGCAGGGAUGGAAGCGGAACAUCCCAUCUGCGUCAAAGAUCCUUGAAGCAUGGCAGCCCACGGGUGACUUCCAGGACAUUCCCACCUCUGCGGCUAUUCGGAAGCUGGUAAGCUCCCAGCGGUGGAAGGGGCUGGUGAUCAGUCACAUCGAGGGAAAAGGAAGAGCAGUACUGACCACCCGCAGUUUCAAAGCAGGCGAAGUAUUAUGCGAUUACCACGGGGAGGUGGUCACUUCUGACCAAACUCAUGCUGCCACCAGCCUAAAGGAGACGGACUUUAUGUUCUUCUAUAAGAACGGGGCUGGUGAGAAAUUCUGCAUUGACGCGCACUUAGACAAGUGCCCCUGCCACCCGGACAGAGAGACCUUCGGCAGACUCAUCAACCACUCCAGAAAGAGACCCAACAUUAGGCCUCGUCUCUUCAGUCUCAAGUUUGAGAGUGGAGAAAGGGACGUGCUGCUUUUCAUGGCUAUAAGGGACAUCAAAGCAGGAGAGGAACUCCUUUUUAAUUAUGGCGUCAACAGAAAAAACUACUGCGGAGAAGGACUGGAUCUUGAAUGGAAUGAUUAAGCUCUCUUCCCUUCCCUUCUCUUGCCCCUCUCCCUUUUUUGUAAAUACUUGUAUUUUGUCUUUUUUACAUUUUUCUAUUUUUUGUAAAUAGUUGCAUUAUCAUUUUUUGCAUUUGUUUAUUUUUUGUAAAUACUUGGAUUAUAACUUUUUUUUACAUUUUUGUAAUUACUUGUACAUUUUUACUGUUAAUAAACCAACUUGUGAUUCUGA